AUGUCACGUUUGAUUGUUAAAGGACUACCUAAAUAUCUUGAUGAAGAAAAAUUAAGAGACCAUUUUGCUAAAAAAGGUGAUAUAACGGAUGUUAAAUUAAGAAAGAAUAGAGCUGGUGAAUCAAGAAGAUUUGCAUUUAUUGGGUUUAAAAGACAAGAAGAUGCUGAAGAAGCUGUUAGAUAUUUUAAUGGUUCAUUUAUUGAUACUGCCAAAAUAGAAGUUUCUAUUGCUAAAAGUUUUGUUGAUCCAAGUGUACCAAAAUCAUUUAAAGAAAAAAGAAGAGAAGCAUUUGAUAGAAUUAAACAAAGAGAAAGAGAAGAACAAGAAAGAGAAGAAGCAGCUAAAGAACAAGAAAGAAGAAAGAGACAAAAAAUUGAUAAAAAAUCUAAAAUUGAUCAAGAUAUUGAAAAUGAUCCAAAAUUAAAAGAAUUUAUUGAAUCUAUGAAACCUUCAACUCAAGCUAAAUCUUGGUCAAAUGAUGUUGUUGUUAAUGAAGGUGGUGCACCAUCAAAUUCUUUAUUAGAUAAAGUGUUAGCAAUGAAAGGUGAUGGAUCAAAUGAUGAUAAUAAUAAUAAAUUUGAAAAUAAAUUUGCAGAUGAAAUUUUCAAAGUUCAAGAAAAUGAAAGUGAUGAUGAAUAUGAUGCAUUUGGUAAAACAAAACAAGAUCAAGAAGAACAAGAAGAUGAUGAACCAAUGAUGGAUCUUGAUGAUUUUGGUAAAGAUGAAGGCGAAAUUGAAGAUAAAGAAAAUCAAGAAGAAGAUAUAUCAGAUAUGGAAUGGUUAAAGAGAAGAAGAGUACGUAUUAAAGAAAAUGGUGAAGUUGUUGAUAAACCAAAAACCAAUUCAAUUGAACCACAAAAUGAUGAUCAAAAGGAAGAAGAAGUAGAACAAAAGAACUCAGAAAAAGCUGCUGAAAAAUCAUCAUCCAAAGAACCUGAAGAAUUAAAACCAUCAGAAGAAGAAACAAUAAUUAAUAAAAUUAGAACCACAGGACGUCUUUUCCUUAGAAAUUUAUUAUAUUCAUCUAAAGAAGAAGAAUUUAGGGAAUUAUUUUCUAAAUAUGGUGAAUUAGAAGAAGUUCAUAUUGCAAUUGAUACAAGAACAGGACAAUCUAAAGGUUUUGCAUAUAUUCAAUUUGUUAAUCCAGAUGAUGCAGUUCAAGCAUAUAUUGAACAAGAUAAACAAAUUUUUCAAGGUCGUUUAUUACAUAUUUUACCAGGUGAUUCUAAAAAAAAUCAUAGAUUAGAUGAAUUUGAUUUAAAAAAUUUACCAUUAAAAAAACAACGUGAAUUGAAGAAAAAAAAUGAUGCAUCAAAACAUACAUUUAGUUGGAAUUCAUUAUAUAUGAAUAAUGAUGCUGUAUUAAAUUCUAUUGCAUCAAGUAUGGGAUUACAAAAACGUGAUUUGAUUGAUCCUGAAAGUUCAAAUUCUGCAGUUAAACAAGCAUUAGCUGAAGCUCAUGUUAUUGGAGAUGUUCGUAAAUUUUUUGAAAAUAAAGGUAUUGAUUUAACAAAAUUUCAAGAUAAAGAACGUGAUGAUUCAAUAAUUUUAAUUAAAAAUUUCCCAUUUGGUACAACAGAAGCUGAAUUAUUAGAAUUAUUUACACCAUUUGGACCUGUUAAAAGAAUUAUAAUGCCUCCAUCUGGUACUAUUGCUAUAAUACAAUUUAGAGAUUUACCAAGUGGUAGAUCUGCUUUUACAAAAUUAUGUUAUAGAAGAUUUAAAAAGGGUAUUUUAUAUUUAGAAAAAGGUCCAAAAGAUUUAUUUACAAGAGAACCUGAAUCAGAUGAAAUUGCUAAUAAUUCAGAGACACCUAAGGAAGAUGUUAAAGAAGUUAAAGAUAAUGCUAGAGAUAUUAUGGAAGAUGAACAAGUUCAAGAAGAUGAAGAUAUAUUUGAAGGUCCAACAGUUUCAAUUUUUGUUAAAAAUUUAAAUUUCAAUACAACUUCAAGUCAAUUAACUUCAGUUUUCGAAAAAUUAACAGGAUUUGUUGUUGCAACUAUUAAAACUAAACCAGAUCCAAGAGAUAGUUCCAAAACACAAAGUAUGGGGUUUGGAUUUGUUGAAUUUAAAACAAAAGAACAAGCUAAUAUUGCUAUAUCAACUUUAGAUAAUACAGUAUUAGAUGGACAUAAAUUACAAUUAAAAUUAUCACAUCGUCAAAAUGUUGUUAAGAAAACAUCAACUAAUAAAGCAGUUUCAUCCAAGAUUAUUGUUAAGAAUUUACCAUUUGAAGCAAGUAGAAAAGAUGUAUUUGAAUUAUUUAAUUCAUUUGGUCAAUUAAAAUCAGUUAGAGUUCCAAAGAAAUUUGAUAAAUCAGCUAGAGGUUUUGCAUUUGUUGAAUUUUUAAUUCCAAAAGAAGCACAAAGUGCAAUGGAUCAAUUACAAGGUGUUCAUUUAUUAGGUAGAAGAUUAGUUAUGCAAUAUGCUGAACAAGGUUCAGAUGAUGUUGAAGCAGAAAUUGAAAAAAUGACCAAGAAAGUUAAGAAACAAGUUGCAACUCAACAAUUAGGAGCUUUGAGAUUGAAUGGUAAGAGAAAAUUAGAUCUUGAAGAUGAUGAUGAAGAAGGUGUUGAUAAUAUAUAG